UCCUUGCAGGUGUCUCCAUGUCUCAGCUGUGCAGCUCCUGGGACUUAGACCAGCAAAGCAUGGCGUACCUCCCCGAUGCAGAGAUGGACACCAUGGCUGCCAGCACAUCCCUCCCCGACCCGGCCGCUGAGUUUGAUCGCAACGUGCCCCGAAUCUGUGGGGUGUGUGGGGACAGAGCCACCGGCUUCCACUUCAACGCCAUGACCUGCGAGGGCUGCAAGGGCUUCUUCAGGAGAAGCAUGAAGAGGAAAGCGAUGUUCACCUGUCCGUUCAACGGGGACUGCAAAAUCACCAAGGACAACCGGCGGCACUGCCAGGCCUGCCGGCUGAAACGCUGCGUGGACAUCGGGAUGAUGAAGGAGUUCAUCCUGACGGAUGAGGAGGUGCAGAGGAAGCGUGAGAUGAUCCUGAAGCGCAAAGAGGAGGAAGCGCUGAAGGAGAGCCUGAAGCCCAAGCUGUCGGAGGAGCAGCAGAAAGUCAUUGACAUCCUCCUCGAGGCCCACCACAAAACUUUUGACACCACUUACUCCGACUUCAACAAGUUUCGGCCCCCUGUGAGAAGCAAAGUCAGCAGCAAUACAGCAACGCAAUCCUCCUGUGUCGUGUCCCAGGAUUUCUCCUCGGAGGACCCCAAUGAUGUUUUUGGCUCUGAUGCCUUCGGUGCAUUCCCAGAGCCCAUGGAGCCCCCGAUGUUUUCCAACCUGGAUCUUUCCGAGGAGAGCGAUGAGACCCCCUCCAUGAGCAUCGAGCUGCCCCAGCUCCCCAUGCUCCCACACUUGGCUGACCUGGUCAGCUACAGCAUACAGAAGGUGAUCGGCUUCGCCAAAAUGAUCCCCGGAUUCAGGGAUCUGAAUGCAGAGGAUCAGAUUGCCCUGCUGAAAUCCAGCGCCAUUGAGGUGAUCAUGCUGCGCUCCAACCAGUCCUUCACCUUGGAGGACAUGUCGUGGACCUGUGGAAGCAAUGACUUCAAGUACAAAGUCAGCGAUGUCACCCAAGCCGGCCACAGCAUGGAGCUCCUCGAGCCGCUCGUGAAGUUCCAGGUGGGCUUGAAGAAGCUGAACCUUCACGAGGAAGAGCACGUGCUCCUCAUGGCCAUCUGCAUCCUGUCCCCAGAUCGACCCGGCGUUCAGGACACCUCGCUGGUGGAGUCCAUCCAGGACCGCCUCUCGGACAUCCUGCAGACCUACAUCCGCUGCAGGCACCCCCCGCCCGGCAGCCGCCUGCUGUACGCCAAGAUGAUCCAGAAGCUGGCCGACCUGCGCAGCCUCAACGAGGAGCACUCCAAGCAGUACCGCUGCCUCUCCUUCCAGCCCGAGCACAGCAUGCAGCUCACGCCCUUGGUGCUCGAGGUCUUCGGCAACGAGAUCUCCUGAUUCCAGCCGUGGGUUUGAACACCCGCGUCUAAAGGGAUAAGUCAGCCUUGGUCCCGAGAGGAGGGCUGUGACCCUGGGAGGAGGUUGUACAUAGUUUGGUUUCACACUACUGCAGGUCCUGCUUUGUUUUCUUAGCCACAGCAGCCGAGGUUUGCUCGCUGCAGACCCAGAUCUGUGCAUUUCCCCCCCCCCCCCAUGAGUGCUUCUUUCACUCGUCUGCAAGAGCUGACUUAUCCCUUUAUGGAUGUUUUGAGGCUGGGCUGCCUUGAACCACUUUUUUUCUGACCAGAAACUGGGGCUGCUCGGAAGGAGAGGCUCAGGUUUUGCAGAUUCAUGGCACUGGGGAACCAUCGAUGGCAUCUGUUGAACCUGAGGGACCCCUCCGCUCACCCCCAACUUGAGAAAUGUGAUGCUGAUGGAAUUGCACACCCCAGAUCCAUGCAGGAAAACGCUGAGGCUGCUCCUCAGAGCCCCACAGACAGCGGUGAGAGGUUGGAGAAGGGAACCACAGCCAGGAAGAGCCAGCCGGGCUGUGAUGUGUGUUCCCAGCACUACUGCCACCCCGUGUCCCACAUCAGCCCCACUGCUGACACAACCCUGUGAGGGUGUUGUCUGUUGUCACGUUGAGGCCAGGCGGAGCUAAUUGGGCACGCUGAGGUUUCCUGUGCAAUGCUGGAGCUCUGGAAGGUGCCCCAUCCCCGCUGACCCCACUGAAGCCACUUCUGCAGGGUGGUGGUCCUUCAGGAGGGGUCAAUGGGAGCAGCACCAGCACGAGGACGGAUUUGGGGCCAUGAAAUGCAGAGGAGCAGCGGGAGCUGAGUGCCUUGGUGGGACCCGGGCAGCACCGCGUCUGGGGACACACAGCGGUCACGAUCAUGGACAGCGGGGGGUGGGGACCCUGCAGGCAGCCGGACCUGGGGACAGUGCCUGGGGAUGGGCGCUGCGCG